CAAACCUCUUCAUCAGAUCAAAGCUCCUUUCUUCUAACAUGCUUACCAGAUUCCGUCCGGCUUCACGUUUCUUUUGCAACAAUUCUUUCGGUGAUUAUGAUGGUCUUGCUCCAAACGACCUCCAUAUCAAGAAAAGUCCCGAUGGUCUCGAUUUAUUCUUAUACAUGUCUGAAGUGAGUGAAGAUGAUGUGAAGGUAUCCGUUGAAUCGAACACUGUUUUUGUGAAAGCAGAAGGGGUUGAGAAACUGAAUGAUACCCGCGCCAUGAAAAAGUUUGAUUGCGAGAUUCGGUUACCGGAUAAUAAGUACAGGAUCAGUGAUAUCAAGGCAGAGAUGAAGAUGGAUUUAGGAGAGUUAAAGCUAAGUGUUCCCAAGUUAAAAGAAGAAAAAGGGGUGUUCAAUGUUAAGGUCAAUGUCAUAGAGUAGUCUUUUAAGUACUUGUGUGUUUGAUUGUUACCUUAUGCAUUUACUUUUACUUUGGAUAUUUAAUCUUAAAAACCUGAACUGAUGCAUGAAUGGAAUUCAAUUCCGAAUUGCAGAG